GAUUAAGAAGGACUUCUUAAGAUAACAACAUAACUUAUAGUGGUCUUUUUUCGUAAUUACACAAACAUAGGGGAGAGUUUUGUAAUUUAUAUCUUACCGUACCCAAGAAGGUACCUUGUGAUUUGCCCUACAUUUAAUAAUGUUUGUUUUCUUCUGUUUGUGAUUCAUUCUCAUUAACAUAAAUUAAAGAUUUUUUUAAUAUAAUAUUGUGGCCUAACUACUUUUAUUCCAGAGAUUUUGUAUAUUAAUAAUAGCGAAAUACAAAACCCCCAAUAUAAAUACCGCCGGCGGCGGUUCCCUUUCUUCAGUGCGAAUCACAGCCCCUCGUCUCCACCGGAGAUGGCCACCACCGCAGCGAUCGUCUCUUCGUCUCCACCGGAGACGGCCGCCACCACCGCAGCGAUCGUCUCUUCGUCUCCACAGGAGACGGCCGACACCACCGCAGCGAUCGUCUCUUCGUCUCCACCGGAGACGGCCGCCUCCGACGCAGCGAAGAUUCCCCUUGCCGGAAAGCGUAAUAUUCUCAUAACUAGUGCGUUACCGUACGUCAACAACGUUCCCCAUCUCGGAAACAUCAUCGGAUGUGUUCUUAGCGCCGACGUUUAUGCGAGGUACUGCAGAAACAGAGGGUAUAACGCACUCUACAUCUGUGGUACAGAUGAAUAUGGUACGGCUACUGAAACCAAGGCAAUCGAGGAAGGAUCUUCUCCUCAAGAAAUUUGUGAUAAAUAUCACGCAAUUCACAAAGAGGUGUAUGAGUGGUUCGAUAUAAGCUUCGACGAGUUUGGGCGGACCUCGAGUCCGCAGCAGACUGAAGUAUGUCAAGCAAUUUUCAAGAAACUAUGGGAGAAUGAUUUUUUUUCAGAAAACACAAUGCAGCAGCUAUACUGUGAUAGAUGUGAAAGAUUCUUGGCCGAUAGGCUUGUGGAGGGUAAUUGUCCAACACCUGGUUGCAAUUACGAUUGUGCGCGUGGAGAUCAGUGUGACAAGUGCGGGAAGCUUUUAAACCCCACAGAAUUACUUGAACCAAAAUGCAAGGUUUGUCGGGAUACUCCAUGCAUACGUGAUACAAACCACCUGUUUAUUGAACUUCCAAAGCUGAAGGAUAAGUUAGAAGAAUAUAUCAGUGCCACGUCAGCGUCUGGAGGGUGGAGUCAUAAUGCUAUUCAAAUAACAAACUCGUGGCUUAGAGAAGGGCUUAAACCGCGGUGUAUCACAAGAGAUUUGAAAUGGGGAGUUCCUGUUCCCCACGAGAAUUUCAAGGACAAGGUGUUUUAUGUGUGGUUCGAUGCGCCUAUCGGAUAUGUCUCGAUUACUGCAUGCUACACGGCAGAAUGGGAAAAGUGGUGGAAGAAUCCUGAAAAUGUGGAGCUGUACCAGUUUAUGGGCAAGGAUAACGUGCCUUUCCAUACAGUGAUGUUCCCAUCCACUCUUAUUGGAACCGGUGAAAGCUGGACUAUGAUGAAAACGAUUAGCGUUACAGAGUACUUGAACUACGAAUCAGGGAAAUUCUCCAAGAGUAAGGGUGUGGGAGUGUUCGGAAAUGAUGUAAAAGACACUAAUAUUCCCGUGGAGGUUUGGAGAUACUAUUUGCUGGCAAAUAGGCCAGAGGGAUCAGACACAAAAUUCGAAUGGGCCGAUUUGCGAGACAAGCUGAAGGGUGAGCUGGUGGGCAAUCUUGGAAACUUCAUCAACCGUGUCUUGAAAUUCAUUGCCAAAGGUCCAGGCGAAGGAUAUGAGUCCGCCAUCCCCGUAGGUCGGUGCGUUGAUUCUCAUCCGCCAACGAAAGACUUCGGAUGUAAAGUCGGUAAACUUGUGCAAGAAUAUGUAGAUGCAAUGGAAAAGGUGAAACUAAGGGAAGCCUUGUCGAAAGCCAUGGAAAUAUCUAGUGCAGGAAACAAAUACUUGGAAGACCCCCCUUACUAUAAGCUUUACAAGACAGACGAACCGACGUGUGCUUUGGCUCUGAAGACAUCAGCUGGAGUCGUUUAUCUGCUCGCUUGCCUCCUCGAGCCCUUUAUGCCGUCUUUCUCGGUCAAGGUACUUACGCAGCUGAAUUGGAAAUGCAUUUCACUUUCUGACGACUUAGUCGAAAGGGCUAAAAGACCUUGGGAGAUCCUACCUACUUCUCAUAAAAUCGGAAUUCCAUCACCAUUGUUCAAAAAAAUGGAAGAUGAGGACGUAAAAUUUUACACGGAUAAAUUUGCCGGUAGUCAAUCAGAUAGGAAGGACAGGAAGCUGAAAGCUGAAGUUGCUGCUACAAAGAAAGGUGGUAAAUCUUCAAAGAAGGAGAAGCUGGAAAAAUCUGCCAAAACAAACACCAAGCAUAUAAACCUCGAAGAUAGAAAGUGACGACGAACUAACAAAAAAAUGUUUAGGGCCGAAAAGGUAAUUAUCCCGGUAGAUAGAUAUAGAUAGAGAUAGUUGGUAUCGUGAUAUAAAAUUCUUAGCACCAUCAGUGAGAGGACACGAGCUAAGGAAAAAUAUUUCCCGACAAUAGUUCGGAUAACAUCCUUAUCAUCAUAGCGCCAAACGUAAGACAGGGCAUGAGAUGAACAUGUAGCUUUCAUCCGUAUACACUCGUAAGAAUUAGCUACGCCCAUUCGUUUUUUCGAUCAAUGAUUAAAUGUCUGAUUGGUUUGUUCCCCAAUGAUUGAAAUCAUUUCCAUUUCCAUU